CAUAGACGGUCCAACUACAAUACAAACCGAUCCGAUCUGAUUCGUUUAACACCCCUUUCAGGGACGCUCGGACUAGGUAGCCAAAAAAAUUCACUUUAACCUCUUCUUUCCACUACUAGUCGCCAAGUUGGUGCAAAACAAAUUGCUACUCUACUCGUUACUCUUAUCAUCCAUUCACAAGCUGAGGUUUUGGGUUUUUGCUGCAUCUUCUUCAUCUUCUUCUUCCCCAAAACAAAGCAACCAACAAUGGCGCUACUACAGCAAGUAUGGUCUAUCCCAAUUGCACGUGCCUCAAUCCACUCACGUGCUUUUGCCCUCACAAUCUCCUCUCGUUCAUUUACUGUUGUUGCUUCUGCUUCUGCUUCUGCUUCUCCUUCUACUACUAUUACAACUACUGCUGCAACUAGUAUUGAUACGACGCCGUCUAAACUUUCAAAAGCACCGCCUACCCGUGCGUCACUUUCUGACCCCCGUGUUCUUCUCGGCAUGUCUGAGCUUGAACUUCAACAGCUUGCCCUUGAUUUUGGCCAGCAAGGUUAUAGAGGGAAGCAGCUUCAUCAUUUGAUUUAUAAGAGGAAAAUCAAAGAAAUUGAUGAAUUUGUUCAAUUGCCACAGGCAUUGAGGAAUGAGCUGCAAGAGGCAGGAUGGAAGGUGGGCCGUUCGCCGGUGCAUCAUAUGGUCACUUCUACUGAUGGCACUAUUAAGUUACUGCUAAAGCUGGCGGAUGACAGGUUGGUUGAAACAGUAGGAAUACCAGUGACAGACGAGAACGGUUCAGUAAGGCUUACUGCUUGUGUUUCAUCACAGGUUGGUUGUCCAUUACGAUGCUCUUUUUGUGCUACUGGGAAGGGUGGUUUCUCGAGAAACCUUCAUAGGCAUGAAAUUGUUGAACAGGUCUUGGCUAUAGAAGAUAUAUUUAAACAUCGCGUCACAAAUGUUGUUUUCAUGGGCAUGGGGGAGCCUAUGAUGAACUUGAAAUCUGUUGUUGAAGCGCACCGAUGUCUGAACAAGGACAUUCAAAUUGGGCAAAGAAUGAUCACGAUAUCAACUGUAGGGGUUCCGAACACAAUGAAGAGACUGGCUACAUACAAGCUUCAAUCCACAUUAGCUGUCAGCUUACAUGCACCGAAUCAGAAGCUUAGAGAAUCGAUCGUCCCAAGUGCUAAAGCUUACCCCCUGGAAGCAUUGAUGCAAGAUUGCAGGGAUUACUUCCUUGAAACUAAUCGAAGAGUGUCUUUUGAGUACACUCUUUUAGCUGGAGUAAAUGACUCCGUAGAGCAUGCAAAAGAGCUUGCUGAGCUUCUACAUCAAUGGGGACGUGGUCAUCAUGUGAACCUGAUACCUUUCAAUCCGAUUGAGGGCUCUGAGUAUAAGAGGCCCUACCGAAAAGUGGUGAUUGCCUUUUCUGCUGCUCUGGAAUCUCACAAGAUAACCACAAGUGUACGUCAAACAAGGGGACUCGAUGCAAGUGCAGCUUGUGGACAGUUGAGAAAUGAGUUUCAGAAGACACCUUUGGUUAAAGGUGCUGAAGCUGCUGGUGCUGAGAUGCAACAAUCUCAAGAUGUCGCCCUUGCUAGUUGAUGGCAUUCAUUAGGUUCAGUGUCACUUUUGCUAUAAUAAGGAUACGAAGGAAACUUGCUUAAGCUGGUGCCAGACAAAUAGCUAUGUGCGUAUCAACUUGCAUCUUUGGUGAAUGAGAAAGGGGACUUAGGUCAAGAUUAUAGAUGAUAAUAUCGAGUUAUUGACAAGAAGAAACUAUUCCUUGUUGCUGCCUAGUUACAACAGCCUACUGCUUAUAAUUAUGGGUUAUGGUUCUGGACAAAGCUGAGAUUUUGAAGAUGUGUACAGUUUUGUAAUAUCAACUCGAAUUGCAUAGCUUAAAGAGAACCUUGUUGAAUUAACAUUCAUAGAUGCCUUUGUUUUCUAUUUUUUUUUUAUUUUUUUUUAUUUUUUGAUUUUAAUCAACUUAUUGUUAUAAUUGUUUUUAUUAUUACAUAGCAUAAUGAGAUUUUUAGAGUUAAAUGAUUUAAAGAGUUAACCUCUGUGUUUAUUUAAGUGUCCCACUUUGAUUGACA